UAUGUUCCCUCUCGCACCACAUCAUAUUUCCCCUCUAUCAGAUUCCCUUCUCUUGCACAUUUACCUACUAAGAGCUGUCACCAUGCACAUCCAUGUAAGGUCGUAGGCCGAAUUUAGUUUCAUAACUCUAGCCCAAUUAAGAUUACAAUUCUCAUGUUUUGAGAUUCUCGUUUUUGCGUUACGAUUCCCGCAUACGAAUUGUACCUCUCUAUAUUCAUUCACCUAUUUUACUCCUUUCGCAAGAAUCAUCCGUUACAUAUUUUCUUUCUGUGAGGAAAUCAUGUCGUCUUCGACUGUUCGUCCCGGUUCUUUGGGCAAUGCUGUAUUGGUCAUAAAUAAAACCAGAAUCCUGUUGUUGAUAUCGCUGAUAGCAACGUAAGUAUUGCGUCCAAUCUAGCCUUACUCAGACUCCAAGACAUACUUCAAAGUCCAAGAAUAAAGUCUAAUCACUCAGUGUCUAGAUGGUGGAUAGCGCAUUUCUUUCCGCGAUAUCGACCGGUUGUUGAAGAACACAUCAAAGACCGAAUAUCUUCUGCCGUUGACAAGAUUCCCGCCAUCAAAGUAGACUGGUAUUCAAACCACGACCCACGCCAACAAUUCAAUGCUUCUAAAGUUGCACUUCUCAUUGAAGGCAGACCUCUUCCUCACCUGGUCCCACAAAUUCUACAUAUGAUUUCUGUUGUGCCACCAGAUUGGCGUUUUGUGUUUAUCGGCACAAAUAAGAGCGUCACAACUGUGUCUCGAAGUUUCGCUACACAAUAUCAUAAGGUUAAUGGCAAGUUGGAUUUGAUUGUUCUUCCGAAACCCUGGAAGGUGGAUAGUAAGGAGGAUGUAUUCAGGGUUCUCACGGAUCUUCGAUUCUAUGAGGAAUUCUUGCCCGAGGUUGAAUGGUUGCUUAAAUUUGAGUCGGAUAGUAUUAUGUGUGGGAAUUCGGAAGAAAGUUUGAAUGAUUGGUUAGACUAUGAUUGGGCUGGUGCUCCUAGGUAAGAGAUACUUUUGAGCUUAAACCGUUGUAUUACUAUUCAAAACAUAAACUAACAUAUACUCAUAGAGUUGCGAAUGAUCACUUUGCAGGAAACGGUGGUCUUUCAUUCCGAAGGAUUUCGACAGUGAGAAAAAUACUUGGCUUUCAAUCCAGGAUUAAUGACACCGCCCCUGAAGAUGAGUGGUUCGGGAAACGAAUCACGUUAUUACCAGGAGCACGAGUUGCUAGUGGUGAAAAAGAAGAUCAUUUUUCGGUUGAAGAUAGAUAUCAUGAUCGUCCUAUGGGAUAUCAUGUACGGGAUGGAGGAGAGGUUCUUCCGGAUGAUGUAUGGAAGGACCCAGAUCAUAGGAAAAAGAUUUUUGAAUAUUGUCCUGAAUUGUCGAUGAUAAUGCCAAUGAAGUUGGAGAGGGAAAGGUGUGAAGGGGAUAACAAGAAGGGGGAGAUUAUUAAAGACAAGAAAGAGGGCGAGUGAAGCUGUAAUGGUAUAAGGUCAAAAUCUGGGCAUAUGGUGUAUGGAUGGGAUAUUGGAUUUGUGUGUUAUAUUAGCGGGGGUGUAUCAUGGGUAUAUGAAUGGCAGGAAAACAUGGAUGGUUUUAUAUAUCUAUGGAAGUAUGUGGAUCGGCGUCUGGAAAUAUUAGGUUUGGCUAUUUCAAUCGGCGUCCUCGUGGAUUGUAAGAUCUUAUAUCAUAUAUACCUUCUUGCUCAAUCAAAUCAUUUAUUUAU